AUGAACGUGAAGCGGACCCGAUCCUUGCGAAGGACGAGGUGCCUGCCGAGGCGCCCUCUUCCGCCGACAGCGGGUCGGCAGCGCGUUGUACACGCCAAACGCAGUGAUUGGCUGCGGAAGGAGCGGCAGCAGCGCGUCUUCUUGCCAGUGGAUGAUCCGCCCCCGCCCAGCAAGCGACCUGCAGCAGAGGACUCCCGGGUCUCAAGCUCGCGGGAGUCGCAGCGCCUGAACGCUUGGGCCCAGCGGUUCCUCAAGGGCCUGGCGGAGAAGGCGUCGAUGGAUUCCUCCAAGACCUGCCAGGAGCUCUCCGACAUCCUCGAGGCCGAACGGGUCAACAUGGCGGAGGAGACCUACGUGGCGCUCGUGGAGCUUUGCGUCGAGGCGCAAAACCUCCCGGACGCCAGUCGCCUGUACAGCGAGAUGGAAGCCAAGGGCUUCAAGGCACAGAAUGACCUCACGGACCAGGUCAUUGGCCUCUACUCCAAAACUCAGGCGAAAUGA